AUGAAUUUAGAAUCGAAAAUCAAAUUACUUUUUAAUGACAAGUUAACAUCAGAUUUAAUAAUUUGUGUUGAUAAAAAAUGUUUUUAUGUACAUCGAUUUGAUUAUACAUGUUCCUCCAAUAAUUGUAUAAAGGUUUGGUACGAUUUUGAUAAAAAUGUUCAUAAUGGUAAACAAAAUGAAUUGUACUAUGAUCAUGAGAUUUUUGGGAGGUUUUUGGAAUAUUUAUUGGAUAUUGAGAGUAAAACGGUAGAUGAAAUGAUAGUUUUAGGAUACUUGGCUAAGAAAUUCGAUGUACCAGAUUUGAGCGAAUCCAUUGAUGGUUUAUUGGAACUCAUGCCUUUAUCAUGGACCAAGAAAGAGAAUAAGUGGAAGGCGUCAUUACAAAUUAGUAAUUGGUUGGGAUUCGAGAGAUUAAGAGUUUAUAUAUUAAAAUUUUUGGUGAAAAUGAUUGACAAGGUUGAUAAUUAUAAAGAAAUAGAUGAUUAUUUAAACAAUUGGAUGAACAGGAUCAAGUUGAUAUUGUGA